GACAACUGUAGAAGUGCUCCUCCGCUUUCGUCUCAGGGACUUGUAGUUUUUGGAGCUCCCCGCCCGGCCGCUUGGUAGAGGCCUUUGAGAGAGGAAAACUACAGUUCCCUCGCAGCUCCACAGAGGUGUAAGUUGUCAAUAUGGCUGUUGUCAGACAGACAAAGCAGAAAGGCAAAUAAUUCGCCUCUGAUCAGAAAUCCUUGGAAAGGGGUCGGACGGGGCACUGUUACCAUAUCGCUCCAUUGUUCCGCUGCAGUGGGCACACCGCGCAUCGUUGCUCAGACUGUCAACUUAAAUGGUACCGUGACUGGAAAGAGAGUGAGUUGUGUCUUAUGCCCUGCAGCAGGAUGACUGAGUUGAGCGAGGAGCCACGCUUCACUAUUGAACAGAUAGAUUUGCUGCAGCGCUUGCGUCGCUCGGGGAUGACCAAGCAGGAGAUCCUUCAUGCGCUGGACACACUGGACCGGCUGGACCGGGAGCAUGGGGACAAGUUUGGUCGCCGAACCUCUUCCUCCUCUUCUUCCUCUUCCUUGUAUGGUGUAGUGGGCGGGGCCAACAAUUGCACCAACAACUCUGCCUCCAACAGCGCCACAGCGUUCAACAACAACACUGCCUCUUCCGCCUCCUCUGCGUGUAACGGCAACAGCACCAGUGAAGCCAGUGCCACUGACCUCUCGACCUCCGCCAAAAUCUCUACGUCUACCCAGACACAGUAUGCCAACAGUGGGGCGCAUUCUCCGUCCCCCAGCAACAGCUAUGACACGUCCCCUCCUCCGGGCCCGCCCCCUCCGUCGGCCAUCUUGCCUUCGCCUGUGUCACUGGUGGCGCUGGCACAGAAUGGGCGGGACAGCCUAGCAGCCACACCCAACGGUAAACUGUCCCCGCCUCGUUACCCGGUGAACAGUGCAGCUGCUGCGCGGGCCUUUGGGUUUGAGCCCACGGAAGAGGACCUGGACAUCGAUGACAAGGUGGAGGAGCUGGUCAGGAGGGAGAGCAGUCUGGUGAAAGAGGAGAUCAAGGCGUUUUUGGGGAACAGGAGAAUCUCUCAGGCCGUGGUGGCACAAGUCACUGGAAUUAGCCAGAGCCGGAUCUCUCAUUGGCUUCUGCAGCAUGGGUCAGACUUGAGUGAGCAGAAGAAAAGGGCCUUCUAUCGCUGGUAUAUUCUGGAGAAGACCACACCAGGCGCCACUCUGAACAUGCGUCCUGCUCCUCUGUCCCUGGAGGAUAUGGAGUGGAGACAGACUCCUCCCCCUCUUGCCACGGGCCCGGGCGCCUUCCGCCUGCGCCGUGGCAGUCGCUUCACCUGGAGGAAGGAGUGUCUGGCUGUCAUGGAGAGCUACUUCAAUGACAACCAGUAUCCAGACGAGGCCAAGAGGGAGGAGAUCGCCAACGCCUGCAACGCUGUCAUCCAGAAACCAGGGAAGAAGCUGUCUGAUCUGGAAAGGGUCACCUCCCUAAAGGUUUACAACUGGUUUGCCAACCGCCGCAAAGAGAUCAAGAGACGCGCCAACAUUGAAGCCACAAUCCUGGAGAGCCACGGGAUUGAUGUCCAGAGUCCAGGAGGCCACUCCAACAGCGAUGAUAUUGAUGGAAAUGAUUUCUCCGAACAUGCCUGUGACCUGCCAUACUUUGACAAGAGACCUCUGAGCCGACCGUUUGGCAUUUACCGACUGGAGCCCACCUCACCAACACAGGAGGAGAACACAGCGCACACGGAGCACCAGGACCCUAUCUCUCUGGCCGUGGAGAUGGCGGCCGUGAACCACACCAUCCUGGCCCUGUCCCGGACCGGAGGCGUGCCCAGUGACAUCAAGACCGAAGCUCUGGAGGACGAAUGAGCACCUCAGGGGGACUACGGGCUCAUGGGUCCAAACAGCAGGGGCUCAAAGACAUCUCUCUCUCCUCUUAGUAAACACAUAUAGGUCUGCCUCUAUGUAAACAGUCAUAUCUGCAGUCAUGAAAAUCACCACACGGGACAGCGAAACGGGUCUGUCCAUAUCAACUCUACUCCUCAUCACUCAAUACCUCUCUCUCUGCACACAUGCUUUGAGUCUCAAGGAACUACCCAACUGAACCUCGGGAUAAAAGGCCACAACCACAUUAAUGCGUUUUCACAUUUAUUUAUAGCUAUUAAAAAAGUAUAGAACAUAAAGAGGCUGUAUUAAUGCUAUCCAGACAAGCAAACUUUGAAUUAACAUAUCUCAUAAUGUUUUAUUUUGAUCACUUGGUCCAUCUGGACAAGUUUCAGGACCGGCAGAUACUGUUACUAUACAGUAAAUAACUAUUUUCUCAAGGUGGUUCUGUGGAUCAGACCAUCUGGUUUAUCAGGUUAUAUUUUUCAGGAUUUUUAUUCAUAAACUGUUUUUUUUUGGAUUCCUGUUUUAAGUUUUACUGCCUGCUUCUUCAGUUUUCUCACAUCUUCUUGGUAGUAAAUUAACAUUGUACAGCCUAGCACGUACAAAAUUAUUUAUAUCUUGGCCAGCCACCCAAAAUAUACAAAUCAUAAAACUAUUUCUCGUUGAUAAUAUUUAUAGUGUAUACUGUACCAUUUAUUCUCAAUGCAAUAAUAUGUGAACCUACAAAAUGGUCUAAGCGCCUGUAGUUGUUACAUGAUAAAGGUGAAGCAAUGAACCCUGCCUAGCACCCUCUUUUGACAUAUCUUUAAUGUGCUUACUCGAUUGAGGAUUUCGCCACUUUAAAAUCAUAUCUAGAAGACAAUCAAAAGCCAAAAUGUGUAAAAUAAACGUCCUUGAACAGUAUAUAUUGUGUUGCUCCAGUAUUACAGUUUAGUCAUGUUUUUUUUCUUUUUUUUACUUACUACUUAACCAAGACUGCAGUAGUUUUAUGAAUGAAAGCGCAUUAAUGUGGACGUAGUCUUAAAAAGCCAAGGAGCGAAGCAUGUUUUGUCCUCUCCUGCUCACCGGAUACCUCUCUUAUCUCCCUCAGUCUGAGCCAGUCCUCAGAACACCUCAGUAGACCUCAGAUAUAGCUGUACUGUAAAUAUUACCAAUAAAUACGGUUCUCAGUCUCACUCGCGUACAACGACCUACCUACUCUACCUGCUCUGUCACCUCCUCACGGACCUGCCCUCCUCAUCAUUCCACACUGGAAGAGCUGCUUGGGGUGAAAGGUCAAAUUGCGGCUGACUGCGAAUCUAAACUACAAUAAUAAUGACCUCACAGAACCACUAUGAAAAGGCAUCAGAAGACAUGCAAAGACAUUACUGUAAAAGAGAAAACAUGACUGUGGAUGGCAGCCAGCAGCAGGUUUCACUGAAGCUGAGUCCAGAUGGGGAUUGGACGUACAAUCAUUUUGCCUUGGCAUUUAGCUUCCCAGUUAUACUAUUGUAAAGUACUUUGAAAAUCACUUUUAGGGUCAAUGUGAUAAUCAAGCUAAUUUAAGUUGUAUAAGGAUGGGGUUUGUGCUUUGCUUCAUGCUGUUCAUGCCAAAGGAAAGACCGUAGCGACAGAGUCUUAAGAGCCCAGCUCCUUUGGUGUGUCUACAGCAGGCCUGUGUCGCACACUUAGACAUUUAGCAGCACUUAUAUGAAUAAUACUGAACCUGCUCUUUAAUACUGUGUGUGACUCUGCCUCUUUAUACUAGCCUCAGAGCGCUUCUGUUUUAGACCGUUACUGGGACAGAGCUCUGCCUCAAAGGGGCCAGUCUGAGGGUCCUAAUCAAACUCAGAGUCUGUACAGAGGGUCCCUACAGACGGAGGGUGGUCCCAGAGCCUGCCCAGUGAUGCGUGUGUUAACGAAGAGGCUGUUACUGUUUCACUUGUAAAGUGUGAGCACUUUCAGUCCCAGACUGAGCCUUGGGUCAGGCCUAAGGUCCAUUGUGUGUUUAAAUGUGUCUCAAAGACUCCAGGUCCUUAUGCUAAAGAUGAGCUGCACACAGGACGUCGGCAGGGGAGCGCCCAGUCUGACAGGUGGCACCAGCUCAAAGCUGUUUGCCCUGCUGUCAGACGAUAAGCUAAGUUAGCAUUUCCCACUUUUUAGUUACACAAGUGGUAAGCUAACAGAGCUGUCAAAAUAUAGUGCCAAGCUACAGUCUCUGUUGCCUCAUCUUUGACAUAUAAAUGUAACUUUUCAGGAUCCGCAGUAUAGUAUGCUAUUAAGUAUGUACAAGUAUCCAAGUAUUCCUCAACUCCCCGACUUCACCAAACGGGUUAGCUUUGAACAAGCUUCAGCUCACAAGGGGGACCUGUGUUUGAAAGGAAAGGGUGAAAUGAUACAAUAUGUGUAUUUAUACUCAUUUUUAUUGUGAUGUACAAAAAGAAUGACAUGUUUUGAAAUUAGUCAUGCUUUAAUGUUAAAUUAAUCACAGGUUUUCUUUUUAUUUUAUAUUUUUUCAAUUAUUUUUUUAUUUCUAAACAUACUUGACUGAACAGUAGUCCCCUGUCUAGUAUUGGUAAGCAAUUUGUCAAAAUGAAUGAUGACGCACCUUAUAAAAAACUAAAGCUUGAAUGAACCCUGUAAGCUUUUAAUGUAAUGAACAUGCCACACCAAACUCUUUAAAAGCUCAUAUCUGAUUGGCCAAUGAAAGGACAUUGUUCUACCUGUAACCCAUAGCAACCUUUGUCUCAUCUGUAGAAAAAAAAAAGACACCAAACCUGACUAUGAUUGUAAAAGCUGAUUACAAAAAAUUUUCAAAUUUAUGAAACAUAUCUUUAACUUGAAGUGCUUGAGUCAUCUAUUACUAUCCCUAAAGAGAAUCAAAAAGAUGGUGACUUAAACGUCACUCCUCCUAUUGAAAAGUUAAAAAACAAACUUGAAUUUUCUGGUUAAAGUAAGUUUGUAUAAGAAUUUGAAUAUUUGAUCAAUAAUUGUACCAAAGUAGAUUAUUAAGUCUAAGCUUUAAGAUGAAGGUAUAUUUUAUAUGGUCAGAUUUUUCGGGAAAAACAUCCAAUACCUGCCCCUUUCUGGAGUUCGGUGUGACAUUGUAAUGAGUAGCCUAAUAUAGUAAGGGAUAAAUCAUAUAAUCAGCUGUGAGAGAGUGCAUUUAGAGAUUACGAAACAAAAGACACUUUAAAUUGCCUUCGUCUGAUUAUUAGCACGUCUACGGUAGAAUCCAGCAGUAUUUGAUGUGGUUUGAACUGAGCCUCACGGGUGUGGUAAUGCUUGUGUGUGCUCAGUAGGGGGCGUCUUCUCAUGGUGUGUCAGGGUCAAAAACAUGUCCACGCGCCCCGUCCACGUGCCCCUCCCACAUCCCAAACUCACGCAGAAGACUGGACGCUAACUCGUAACUCUUUAAGUUCUCUUAUUACUGUAAUUGCCCAUUUCAGAAUUUAGUGCCUUUUUUGGACAGUAGACUGUUCUGUAAUUAAGAUGUAGUAUAUAAACAUUUUUUGUACAGUUUCUUUGUUCAUUUUUAACUUGUGUUUAUUUUAGUAUGAUAUAUAAAAUGUACAAGAGAAUAAAGCUAUAUCAAUGACA